AAAUGAUUCUGAAUGUUCAGCCUCCUUCUCCUCUGCAACAUGACAUUAGCCCACAGUUGCCACAUGAGACAUCUGUGGUUUUCCUGUGAACAAUCUCCGCAUCUGCUUUUCUAUUGAAACAUUUAAUCUUUGUCCCAGUCACUGCCACCAUCUUCUGUGAAGCCAGACUAACAGUAUGCAUGUAGCUCUCUAAAUAAUUACAUUGUUCAUCCCUGAUAUGGCUGGUCAUCUGUUUUUGCUCAUCCUCCUUUUCGAUACCUUCCAGUACAUCAAAGCCAAAGAUCUUCCUCGGCCCAGUCUAACAGUGAUUCCUGCAGUCAUCAAAGAGAGAGACUCUGUUCAGCUGAACUGUCAGACUCCUCCAUCUGUCUCUGAGUGUUACUUCAAAAUAGAGGGGCAAGUGGAAUUCACCCUACCAUCACUCUGUCAACAGACACUCACAGGAACACUACUGGUGAYGUGGACAGGUCAGAGUUCACCAGCUGAGGUCAAAAUACAAUGUCAGUACAGUGGUACAGGUUCACAGUUUAGAUCCUUAUACAGUGAGCCUUCAACAGUCACAAUUCAGGACAUUCCUCAGVUGACAGUGAGUUCUACAGUCAUCAGAGAGACAGAAUCAGUUCAGCUGAGUUGUGAGACUCCUCCAUCUCUCCGUGUGUCUCACUGUUACUUCUACAUAGAGGGGGAGAAGAAUCUUCCAGACUCAUCGUGUACGCAGACAAUAACAGCAACUGAGCUGCUCAAGAGGUCUGGUCCAACAUUUCCAGCUGUGGUCAAAGUGACGUGUACCUACACUGUAUGGAAGUCUCACACAUCUCCUUUAAGUGACCCUGUCUCAGUCACUGUUCAGGAUCUGUUGGGAGUUCACAUCAGUAAUCCAACAACUAUACAGACACCUUCAAUAGCAGUGGGUUUGACUCCAGGUCCUAGAUCUACUUUGCCUCCCAGCACGACAGUGAGUCCUACAGAAGUUUCGACUGUUACUUCUACUUUGACCCCAAACACCACAGUGAGAUCAACUACCAGUUUGACCUCUCCUUUGACCCCCAGCACAGCAGUGAAUCCUACAUCAGGAGGUCAAAGCUCCACAGAAAGCGUUCUGGCAGUUUCGACUGUUACUUCACUUUGA